UGUCUUAUACGCAGGGUGGAAAAAACAAGGGAGUGCAUGGUCCCAGUCGCAUCAUUGCGUUAAUUAGAUAUCAGUGACAUAAACAGUCAGAAGCUUUAUCACCCUAAUCCACCCCAAUUUUCAGUCUUGCGGCUUUGCUUUCAUGUGUUUGAUCUGUAAUUCAUCAAUUUCUCACAAAUCGUCGAGAUGCUUUUACCUCGUGAGCAUGAGACGCCGUUUAACAAGGCGCCUGUUAUUCGGGCGCUCUCGAUGAUUCUCAUGAUUGUUACUAUGUUCUCGGUAUUUAUUCGUGUUCUUACACGGAUUGCUACGAUGAGGAGAUUACGAUGGUCGAGUCUGUUCAAGUCAGAUGAUAUUCUGAUCUUUGUGUCGAUGAUCUUUGUGAUUGCACAAUCGGCGGUCGUUUAUUCACAGGGCGCAAAUGGGAUGGGAAAGCUAGAUGUGUCUUCUAGCCAAAUAUCGCUGAUUCUGAAGGACCAACUCGUAUCGGACAUUCUGUUUUAUCUCGCAUUAGCUUUCUCCAAGAUUUCAGCCACGACGACCGUUGGAAAUAUGUCACCACUGUCUCACAAACGAAUACUGCCGAUUCAAAUCAUCAUUGUAGGCUGGGCCGUUUCUGCGAUAUUUGUGCGAGCAUUCGCAUGCUCGUUACCGUCAUCUUGGGACUACAUCAGCGGUUCAUGCGUCGAUCUGGUGGCAUUCUGGGCAUACGUCGAUGCUGUCAACAUUAUCACCGAUCUUCUCAUCACAGGUGUCACCAUCGAAAUUCUCGUGCACCUGCAGAUGCCAGUUGGCACAAAAGCAAUGGUCGUUGGCGUUUUCGGCUCACGCAUUCUGAUGAUCCCUCCCGCCGUGUCUCACAUCUACUUCUUCAAACAAGCUCUCGAUUCAUCCACACCGAUCUUCACAAUGUGGAAGCCCACCAUCAUCGUACAAGUGAUCCAGUGCGUCGGUAUCACCACCACCUGCAUACCCUUCUGGUGGCGCUUCCUCAAGAGUCUCGAAUCAGGCCAGAUGGGUGCCGGCGAUAUCUUUGGCGCACUCAGCAAAAGCAACAAUAGCAAAAGUGGCGGGACGACUAGAGGGACGGGGAACAAGUCUAGGUCUAACCACACGCUGACGUCUGGGUCGCAGGCUUUCGAGCUGACGAGCAGGCAGGGGGAUGUGAAAAAGUUUGCGCAUAUUGUGACGGAUCAUGGGAAGGGAGGCUCGUGGGAUGCGGCGCGGCAGAAUAGCCAGGAGGCCCUUGUUGAUCCCUCUGCUGGGGUUGUUCAGUGACCACUCGGAUCUUAAUUGCAGGUACGUGCGGUAGGUACCGGUGUUCUCUUUAGCAAUGAUAAUUCAUGGAUCCCGGUGCCGUUGGGCGGGCCGAACCCUUGUAAUAAAGUGGGAUGGUUUAAUGGUGUGGCGCAAUGCAUGUCCCUAGCGUACCUGGUGAAGAUAACAAGGGUCAGAGUCAAGACCUCAGUCCACUCGUUCGUAGUUUCAUCCUACGCGAUAUGCAUGUCUCAUGCAAGUUGGGAAUACCUCCCCUACUCGGCUGUAGCGCCAACAGGUGGUUCUACUCGCGUUCCACCUGUACCGUUACCACGAGUGAUAUACCGUCAGGGAUAGGAUAUGCAAGUUCGCCGAAACUGUUUGUCAUAUCUGACAGGCAUGGGGGGUUGUAUUUAACUUUUUGCUGCAGACGGAGUUUCUUUUUAAACUUUCCCCAACUCCCCCC